GGCUGUUCGAGAGCAUGCGCACAACCGCAGCGAGAGAACCCUAUUCCUCCUGUCACAACAUUGAGGGGCAAAACGACAGCCGUGUUGCUAGGCCUCGAAUAGAUCUGCUGAAGACAUAGAAUGUGAUUGGAAUGGAAACUGGGAGACUGAGUCCCUGAUUGGUAUUUCCUUCUGCCCAGUCCUUCGGCCAAACGAGUCGAUCCUGUCUCGAAUGAUGCAGGCAGAGGACAGGAAGAAAAUCAAACUGAGUGUGAGUUCCAGCAAAGGCGUGGUGGAGGAAUAUUGUCUAAGAGAGCGACCAAAAGAGGACCCAGCAAAAAUGAAGAACAAAGUGACCAGCACACAAGCAGUGAUUGGUAAGAAGAAGGCCUGGUCGUGGGAUCAGUACCUGGGAGAGGAGAAGGCCAUAGCAGUUCCCCUCAGACUGUUCACUGAGGCCCAGUCGUUCCCCUCGAGCAGAAGUGGCUUCAAGGCUGGGAUGAGGCUGGAGGGGAUCGACCCUCUCCACCCCUCCAUGUUCUGUGUCCUGUCUGUGGCAGAGGUGAUUGGCUACCGAUUGCGGCUCCACAUCGACGGCUACUCUGAAUGCUAUGACUUCUGGUUAAACGCCGACUCUGCCGACAUCAGGCCAGCCGGAUGGUGCGAGUCGACAGGACACAAGCUCCACCCACCAAAAGGCUACAACGAAGUCGAGUUUAACUGGGAUAAAUACCAAGAGUCUUGUAACGCUCCAGCUGCACCACAGAAUCUGUUUGAAUCUCAUAACAGUACCACGAGCACCUCUAAGUUCCAGGUGGGCAUGAAACUGGAGGCAGUGGACAGGAAGAACCCGUGCCUGGUGUGUGUGGCCUCGGUGGCCGACAUCGUGGACAAUCGCUUCCUGGUUCACUUUGACAACUGGGACGACACCUACGACUACUGGUGUGAUGCCAGCAGCCCUCACAUCCACCCAGUGGGCUGGUGCCAGGACCACGGACGACCUCUCACUGCACCUCAGGGACACCCCAAUCCAGAACAUUUCCUGUGGGAGGAGUACUUAGAAGACAAUGGUUCCACGGCAGUUCCAAGCCAGGCUUUCUGUAUGAGAGCUCCUCACAGUUUCCCGGUGAACAUGAAGCUGGAGACGGUGGACAGGAGGAACCCCAUGCUGGUCCGUGUGGCCACCGUCUCAGACACUGAAGACUACAGGGUCAAGAUCCAUUUUGAUGGCUGGCACGAGAAGUUUGACUUCUGGGUGGACUCUGACCUCCCGGACCUUCACCCUGUGGGCUGGUGUGCCCGGACAGGUCACCCCCUGGAACCCCCCCUCUCACAUGCAGGAUCUUCUGACCUUAAGAGCUCCGUGACCCAGGGAGUGUGUCCCACCCCGGGCUGCAGGGGCGUGGGCCACAUCAAAGGGGCCAAAUACACAGGACACCACAGUGCCUUUGGCUGUCCCUACUCUGACAUCAACAUGAAGAAGGAGGCUGUGCUGCCCGACCGUCUGGGCGGCGAGAAGCAGAUCACCUUUGUCCCUGUGCACUUUGUCCAGAAGACCAAGAGGCUGUGCACCGCCGAUGAUCAGGAGGAAGCCACGCCACCCCAGGAUGUUCCCAUGGAGACCAGGGUAAUGCUGUCGGGGUACGAGGGGGCUGCUCGCCUCAGAGGUCGCCCCCCAGCCAACCCCCUGGUGAAGAGAGAGCCCAGGGAGGAACCAGUCACGGCUCAAGGACAGAAACUGCUUUCUCUGGGGAAGAGAGGCCGGCUACCCAGCAGACUCACAACUAAAUAUCUGCGAGUCAAAGAAGAGGACGAAGAGAUUGACUUGAAUAGCAUGAUCGAAGAGAGCAGUCUGGAUAGCCUGCAGCAGGCCCUCCACCAGUCUGUGUUCCUGUCGGCCAUGUCGGCUCAACCCGGACGGGACCUACCCCUGUGCUGGGAGCAGCACUGCAAGCUGCUGCCUGGGGUGGCCGGAUUGCAGGCCAGCUGCGUGGCCCACUGGACCGUGGAUGAGGUGGCUGACUUCAUCCACUCUCUACCUGGCUGCGAUGAACAAGCCAAUCAGUUCAAAGAGGAGCAAAUCGACGGGAAGGCCUUGUUGCUGCUGACCCAGCGCGACAUCGUCAAGAUCAUGAGUGUAAAACUCGGCCCUGCCCUCAAGAUCUACAACUCUAUUUUAAUGUUCAAGCACGCUGAGGACAACCAAUCGGCAGCCGGCAACGCCAACACAUGAAGCAUCGGAAGCCACACCCACCAGACCCAUCUUAUGUGUCUGUCAAACACAUAGAUUUACUGUGUGGAUUCAUUCCAAACCCAACCCCCUUACCCCUGCUCCUUCUCUUUGGCCUACAGGCACUUGAGUUCAAGGACUUAAACUAAAGCCGAUACAUGAUCUGCCCAGACCUAUGGACUUUCAGGUUACAGUGUGUGUGUGUGUGUGUGUGUGUGUGUGUGUGUGUGUGUGUGUGUGUGUGUGUGUGUGUGUGUGUGUGUGUGUGUGUGUGUGUGUGUGUGUGUGUGUGUGUGUGUGUGUGUGUGUGUGUGUGUGUGUGUGUGUGUGUGUGUGUGUGUGUGUGUGUGUGUGUGUGUGUGUGUGUGUGUGUGUGCCUCAAUC